CAUGACACCGUUGAAGUGCGUUUGUUGCUACAGAGACGUCAGAAUACAACGUUACGUCGCAACCAUUUAAACAGGUCGCCGGAGACGUGGAAACGGCACGAGUGUCACAUUUGGAGCUAUAACCUGCCGUGUAUCGAGAGACGUCUCCCUCUGACAGACAGUUCUUGUUGGGGUUUUGCCACUGAGGUGUUGUUCUACGCACUCGGUGUCACUUUUGGAAGGCGCAGAUGCGGCAGGCUGGCCCCUGGUCUCCCAGCUGUUCCUCCACCUCUGACCGCUUCCCCCUCAGUAACACAGCCGAAUGUGGAAGUGAGCUCUCAGUUGAACCAGAGAAACGCGAAGUGAGAGCAGCCAAUCCUCCACACCUCUGCAGGAUGCGGCCCAUCGUGAGCUUCUAUGUGUGCUACCUGCUGUGCCUGGGCCUGAGCCUGGCCUGCGUGGUGUGCGUGUGUGUGUGGAACAGCCGGUGGCGGGGCGGUUUUGCCUGGGACGGGUCGGGGCUGCAGUUCAACUGGCACCCAGUGCUGAUGGUGACGGGCCUGAUUGUGCUCUACGGCAACGGAGCUGUGUUGUACCGCAUCCCCCUGACCUGGGGUCAGAAUAAACUCCCCUGGAAGCUGCUGCAUGCCACAGUGAUGCUCCUCGCCCUGGUCCUGUCAGUCGUGGGUCUCUGCGCUGUGUUCGAGUUCCACAAUGCUCACAACACUCCCAACCUCUACUCUUUGCACAGCUGGAUUGGAAUCGCUGCGACGGCCCUUUUUGCCAUACAGUGGGUGGUGGGUUUGGCUGGCUUCCUCCUGCCCUGCUCCCCCGUGUCUCUGCGUGCUCUCCUCAAGCCCGUCCAUGUGUGGAUGGGAGGCAGCAUCCUGUGGCUCAGCAUCGCUGCCUGCAUCUCGGGAAUCAAUGAGAAGCUCUUCUUUGUUCUCAAAGCCAGUGCACCUCCGGCGUAUGAUGCCCUUCCACCCGAGGCCUUGUUGGCAAAUGUAUUGGGAGUAUUGAUUGUGGCCUUUGGCCUGGUUGUUCUUAAGAUUUUGUCCAACCACGAGUGGCAGCGACCAGACUCCAGGCCCGAGGACCUGGUUUACACGCCGCUGCUUCAAGAAGAAAAUGAAUGAAGUGCAUCCAAAACCGUUUGACCAUCACAGAUCACAAAUCACUUUAACAAUCCAAAAUAUCUACUUUGAAUGUACAAACAGCUAUUUGAACACUGUGAGAAUUAUGUCUGUUUUGGGUGUUAAUAUUUCUUUAAAAAUUAUAUUUAUAAUUAUAGCUAAGAGAACCUUGAGUACAAGAAUAUUUUACCACAUAUAUGUUCCUAAGGUGAAUAAUAUGUCUCCAAAAAUAAAAACGUCAAAUAUAUUUAAAGUUGUA